AUGGUCCAUGUUCAUGAGUUGCAUUUUGCAUUGCCAGAAGAGAAUUGAUUAAUAUCCUGUAGAGAGUGAAAAUGACAUGGUAGAAAUUAUAAAGUGUUGCAGAAGGAUAUAAAUAUCUUAGGCUAUUCCAUCUUUAUCUUCCAAAAGUUUGACUAGCUGUUGCGUGUGUCAUGUGGCACCUUAACUCUAUACUUUUUAUGUGUAGCUCCAAUUUAAAAACAUAUUAAACUAUGUGUUACACGACUAAUAAACUGCUCCAUUGUUGGAUCAUUUCUCGGUUUUAGACUUCUUUUCAUUGACUAAUGUGGGAAAGCUCAAAUAGAUGGAAGGUCAUAUAUACAUUAUAAUACAUUAAUCAAGAAUAGAAAAACUUUGGAUUUGUUUUUCUUUACAGUUGUUCAAGUUUCCAAUAGGAAGAAAGUCGUUGUUCACAGGUAUGAGUUAGGUAUUGUUUUGUUGUCACAGACAAGAAGCUCAACCUCAUUAUGCCACAAAUGUCAAAUAUCCAAACCCCACCUCGUUUCUUGGAGCAGUUGGGAUGUGCUUUUGUCUCUUUAUCUACUUUUAACUUGCCCUCCUCAGACGUUCACCAGUAAGACACAAUAUCCUUUUCAAUGAGUAGUAUAGAUGUGGUAUACAAAAUGCACAUUCAUGAAAUCAAUCCUAGUAUCACUUUCAUACCUUUAAUCAAGGCUUAGUUUAAGAAAUUGAACUAACCUCAAACUCAUUAAAUUCCAUCUGGUUAGCUAAACUUGAUGAUAAAUCAGUUGCAGAGAACUUUGAUGCAGUCAAGAGAGGGUCCAGUGCAGCUUUCAUGCAGAAAACAGUUUUCCUGCAUGUUUCAUGUCUUCAGCCGGAGAAUUCACCGGCUUUGCUCGAGGAUGCGGUGGUUGAUAUGGCGGCGUCCGAGGACUAAGGUGGUGAUCAGGAGGUUUGGGAAGCUGAGUUCAAAAGGAAACCAUGGUCAGCUCAAAGAAAAACUAAGUUUCAAAUCAUCAACGACUCAUCCAAAUGGCCAGGCUAGGCAUAUUCGGCUAGCUACCUUUAAUGCUGCAUUAUUUUCCCUUGCACCUGCUGUGCCUAAGGCUGAAAAAUCAGUCAUAUUUGCUCAUGAUGAUGAUGAUGAUGAUGGUUUCAAAUUUCAAAACCAGGUAAAGUCUGAGAAUAAUCGUCCCAAGAGCAUAUUGAAGCAUUCCCCUCUUCAUCCCAUUUUAGUAAAUGGAGCAAAACCAAAACAAAAAGUUUCAAUCAACCUUCCUGAGAAUGAGAUUUCAUUAGCUCAGAACAGGGUACUUGGAAACUUGGAAGAUGAUUCCACCAAGAUUUCGAGUUUAACCAACAACAGCCUAGGCCCUGUGAGGUCUCCAAUAUGCUUCCCUGCAAUGGCCAAUUGGAUGAUUAAUGAUUAUGGAGGCUGCUGCUUGAGUGGAACAAGGACCAUUCUUGAUGUGCUGAAAGAAGUGGAUGCUGAUAUAUUGGCUUUACAAGAUGUGAAGGCUGAGGAAGAGAAAGAUAUGAGACCUUUAUCUGAUUUGGCUCGUGCUCUUGGGAUGAACUAUGUGUUUGCUGAAAGUUGGGCUCCUGAAUUUGGUAAUGCUAUUUUGUCCAAAUGGCCUAUUAAGAAAUGGAGAAUACAGAAAAUCUAUGACGAUAAUGAUUUCAGGAAUGUGCUCAAGGCUACGGUUGAUGUACCCCGGAUGGGAGAGUUGAACUUUUGUUGCACUCAACUUGAUCAUUUAGAUGAGAAUUGGAGAAUGAAGCAAAUUAAUGCGAUAAUACAAUCAAAUGACAGUCCUCACAUUUUAGCAGGAGGGAUAAAUUCUCUUGAAGCCUCAGAUUACUCAUCAGAGAGAUGGAAUGAUAUUGUAAAGUAUUAUGAGGAGAUAGGCAAGCCAACUCCAAGAGUUGAAGUCAUGAAUUUCUUGAAAGGGAAAGAGUACAAUGAUGCAAAAGAGUUUGCAGGGGAAUGCGAGUCGGUUGUUAUCAUUGCUAAAGGCCAAAAUGUGCAAGGAACAUGUAAAUAUGGAACUCGAGUUGAUUACAUUUUGGGAUCGCAAGGCCUGCCUUAUGCAUUUGUACCUGGAUCAUACUCGGUUGUUUCAUCAAAAGGCACGUCCGAUCACCAUAUAGUUAAGGUGGACAUCAUGAAAGCAUCAGGCAGUAGAAGGAAGAAUAGUAGGAAACAGAAGAAAGUAAAACAGAGAAUUGAGAGGAUGACAAGUUCUUGUUCUUCAAGAGGGAUUUGGCAAGUGAGCACUUAGCAACUAUGGUUAUUAAUUAGUUCUUUUUCUUCCUUCUGGUGGUGUAUGCAUUAUUUUGUUUCCCUUCAUUUAUUAUAACACUGCUAGUACAUGUAAAGAUAGUGACGGGAAGUCAUGAUGCAGAUAUAUGUUCUCUUUAUGUUGGACCUAGUUACUAUUUUAUUGAGUCAUCAAAAUUCUACUCUUUAAUGAAGUGAGUUGAGAAUCAUGACGUUUCAAGUUCAAAUUCUCCUAGAAAUAAAAACACUAGAUGAUUUUUUUUC